AUUUCUCGUCCUGUGAUUUUUGAAGAACGGAGAACCGGUAACUUACGCAUUUUUUGGAAGCAUUUCCAUUUCUGCCUCGCUUAUCGGUCGAAAUCGACUUCGACGCGCAAAUGCAAGCGAAGAAUUAGUUUGUGUGGGAUGUCUCGUUCGGGUCCCUCGGGGUUAUUGCCUUGUUGUUUCUCGGGUUCGGUAGAACCCGAUGCCGAAUCGGAGAUGGAUUCGAAAACAAACGCGGACAACAACGGAGAGCUGGGCCUCGUCGUGAAGAAACGCAGCAAGUUGUCAUGUAUGGCGAAAACUGUCGGCCGUGACGUGAAGGCCGGCAUUUGUUUCGUGAAAGUCCUUCUGAAGGUGAAACUCUGCCAGCGCAGCAACACAACUGUUCCAGACCUUUUCAUCAAGAACGCCAAAGCAUUCCCAAAUAAGUUGGCUGUCAUUGCGGAAGGAAAGAAAUGGACGUUCAAGGAUUUGGACGAAUACAGCAAUCAAGUCGCCAAUUAUUUUCAAGCCCAGGGGUACAAGAAGGGAGAUGUUGUAGCCUUGUUCAUGGACAACAGCCCGGAAUUUAUUGGCAUGUGGCUGGGUUUAGCCAAAGUCGGCGUAGUUCCAGCACUUGUGAACAUCAACUUGCGCCUGAUUCAGCUCGUGCAUUGCAUCAAGAUCGCCGAAUCAAAGGCCGUAGUCUUCCAUUCUAAUUUCUCUGAAGCUUUCGGUGAGGUUGAAGCGGACCUCGGUUCUAAAUUUCCCAAGUUUGUGGUUCGCAUUGACGGAGAAGACAAGAAGGCUGCUGGCAAUUUUGUUGACUUGCUGAGCGAAAUGAAAGAUGCCUCGAAUUCGGAACCAGUAGUGAAAGAACAGCUUGGAUUCCACGACAAGCUCGUUUACAUUUACACUUCGGGAACUACCGGUAUGCCGAAAGCAGCCGUCAUCAAACAUUCAAGGUUUGUCACAUCUAGCUGGUUCGUGCAUGAUAUUUGCCGCGUUGGAAGUGAAGACGUGGUCUAUGCACCACUGCCCAUGUUCCAUUCGGUUGGCGGCAUCCUCGGUGUAGGACAAUGUGUCCUGGACGGGAACACGUUGGUGACGAGAAAACGGUUUUCUGCCAGUGGCUUCUGGUCCGAUUGUGUCGCCCACCGAUGUACGGUGAGGCCUCCGAGGGACGCCAUUCCCCCGAACUCGCAUGUCGGAUACAAAUUUUUUUUUUAUGUAUUCCGCUCUACGAAUGGCUCUCAUUUUGGAUUAUUCGUGUAUCUUGCUUCCGCUGUGCAAUACAUGACCCAGUUGUCGUCCGAGGAUAUAAUCUACGACCCAUUGCCGUUGUAUCAUACCGCCGGUGGCAUGGUCGGAGUUGGACAAAUGUUGGGCUUUGGCCUUACAGUUGUUGUGCGGAAAAAGUUUUCGGCGUCUCAGUUCUGGACUGAGGCAAAAAAUAACAAUUGCACGGUUGCUCAGUACAUCGGAGAAAUUUGUCGGUACUUGCUCUCGACUCCGGAGAAACCUGAUGACCGCGCCCAUAAAGUGCGAGUUAUGUUUGGUAACGGACUCAGGCCUCAAAUCUGGGAAGCUUUCCAAAAGCGGUUUGGAGUUGAACGGAUUUGCGAAUUUUAUGGAUCCACGGAGGGCAACGCGAAUAUCAUUAAUAUGGAAGGCAAAGUUGGCGCAGUUGGCUUCAAGUCCCUGAUAGUUCCCUCAGUACUCCCGAUUUUGCUGAUCAAGGUCGAUGAAGAAACCGGCGAACCUCUGCGUGGCCCUGAUGGAUUGUGCAUUCCUUGCGAACCUGGAGAACCGGGUGAGUUCAUCGGCAAGAUUCAAAGGAAUCAUCCUCUACGGGAUUUUGAUGGAUACGCGGACGAGCAGGCGACGAAAAAGAAAAUCAUGAAAGACGUUUUCAAGCAGGGCGAUCUGUAUUUCAGAAGCGGCGACGUCUUGGUCAUGGAUGAGUUCGGCUACUUCUAUUUCCGGGAUCGGACCGGUGACACGUUCCGCUGGAGGGGAGAGAACGUGAGCACUUCCGAAGUUGAAGGCGUUUUGUCACACUUGCUCGAUCACAAGGAUUGCGUCGUUUACGGCGUCGAAGUGCCUCUGGUGGAAGGACGUGCCGGAAUGGCUGCCAUUUUGGACCCGGACGAUUCCGUCGAUCUGAAAGACCUGGUCGUCGGCAUGAGAAAAGCCCUUGCUCCGUAUGCGCGACCCGUUUUCAUCCGUAAGGUUCGGCAACUCGACUCGACAGGGACGUACAAACUGAAGAAGUUGGACUUGCAGCACGAAGCAUUCGAUAUGGAACGUGUGCAAGACCCUCUUUUCUUCAUGGACCCUUCAACGGGCAGUUAUGUGCCUCUGGAUGCCGCACUCUAUGACACAAUUCUAUCUGGAAAAACCAGGCUGUGACGGAAUCCUAGGUUUAAAGAAGUGUAUGAAUUCGUUUUAGUCCAGCCUUAGUCUAUCUUUUCACGUUUUUUGGAUGUUUCCUUCAUCCUGAGAAGACGUUAAACAAGCAAUAUGAAUGCAGUUUAUUGAGCGAGCAGAGGACAGUUCCGUGUGUUUGAAUGAAGGGCCAUGGGGAAUUUAAUCGGGCUUUCCAGUUUUUUCUCGAAGUUCUUGCGGUUGUGAUGUCGCCGGAAUGAUGUUUAUUCCCGGGUUCUCAAAACUUUUGAAACUUGUGCAUUCGACAUGACUUUAUUCGGGGAGCUUACUGUUCAUCCCUCGCUCGUAUGAAUGAUGGGCGAGCUGCUCAUAUCAGCCAGGUAUCUUGACUUCUGCUACGGUGAUCGAAUGAUUCUCGUCAAAUCUCGGUGCUGCGCGGACGGAAUGUAAGCAACAACCAUCGCUUGUUCCUGGAAGAUAUUAUUUUGUUUUUGAAUGGAAAUCAAGUGUCUUUUUUUCUACUUCGUCGUUUUCUCACGAGUUGUUGGCGUGCUGGGUUACGAAGCUUUCUUGUUUUCAGUUCUUGCCUCUUGUGAUAACCUUGUGUGUUGAAAGUCUUGAUCAACGAGCGUUUGUGUUCGCUUUCGCAUGCCAAUUCUUCAUUCCGUUUUUUUGUUUUUGUUUUGUUUCGAAUCAUGUGUCGUGCGCGUUGCGGUUGGACCCGCUUGUUGCUCAUACACCGUGUGGUUAAUUUUAGUUUGUUGGGCGGAAGAGUGGAGUUCAAAUGGCCGGUGCGAUUCCUCGUCGACAGGAUGAGGAUAUAUGUUACGUGCGAAGUGCGAGCAAAGUUAUUCGUUGGGUUCAUUCUCGGGUUCCAUCAUUUCACGGAAAUACAUAUUGGUGACUACGGCUCGGUUCAUGAAGGUU